GGCGUGGCGGGGCGUGGCGUGGCAACGCGCGCGGUGAAGAGGGCGCGAGCGGGGUUGGGGGCGGCGAUGGCGGCGGAGACGGCGGCGGGGCCGCUGGUGCGGCGGUACGAGGGGGCGGCGCAGGGCCGCGGCGUGGCGGCGUUCGGCUGGCGCGUCUGCCUGGCGCAUCGCUUCGAGGAACCGUGGCAGCCCUACGGUGCCGGCGACCUGUCGCUGCGUGAGGUCCUGCGGCACGUCGGCCUCGGCUUGCGAUACUUCAGAUGGUGGUUGAAGAAGACCCGCAUAGAGAAGAAACCUGCCUUCAUUGACCUCUUGUGUGCUGUUCCUCUGCAGCAGAUCUAUGGGUGCCCGCUGGGUGGGAUCGGAGGAGGCACCAUCACCCGUGGCUGGCGGGGUGAGUUCUGCCGCUGGCAGCUGAACCCUGGCAUUUAUCACUACGAAACAGUCAUUGCUGACCAGUUCACGGUGUGCCUGCGUUGCAAGGGGCAGACGGUUUACCAGCAGGUCCUGUCUGUGGAGAGACCCAGCACUCUGCAGGGAUGGAACUGGGGCUACUGCGGUCACUACGCCUUCUACCAUGCCCUGUACCCCCGUGCCUGGAUGGUCUACGAGCUCCCAGGGCAAAACGUGGUGCUUACUUGCCGCCAGAUCUCUCCUGUUAUCCCCCAUGACUACAAGGACUCCAGCUUGCCAGUGGGAGUGUUCAUCUGGGAGGUGGAAAAUGGAAGGGAUGAGGAUGUGGAUGUCUCCAUCAUGUUCAGCCUGCAGAAUGGCACGGGAACAAAGGAGGACAGAAGUGGAGGGCACUGGAAUGAGCCCUUCACCUUCGAGAAGGAGGGUGAGCGGGUUGCUGGAGUCCUGCUGCACCACUGCACUCAUGUCAACCCUUUCACCUUUGCCAUCUCUGCCCGGGAGAAGGCUGGUGUGGUAGUCACCCACCUCACAGCGUUCAAUCCAGCAGGGUCGGGCAGAGAGGUGUGGCAGGAUCUCCUGCAGGACGGACAGCUGGAUUCUUCUGAUGGUAAAAGCAACCCAACAGAGAAGGGGGAGGUGACAGCAGCCGCAGUGUGUGCCAGCUGCAGAGUGCCCGCCCAGGGCCACAGAACGCUAGAGCUGGCACUGGCUUGGGACAUGCCUGGUAUCCACUUUGGCUCCAAGGAAAAGCUGCACUUGAGGCGGUACACCCGUUUUUUUGGCAGUGGAGGUGAUGCUGCUCCUGCCCUGUCACAUCACGCCCUGACCCACUACGAGGAGUGGGAGAGGAAGAUUGAAGCAUGGCAGAAGCCCAUCCUGGAGAAUAGCCAGCUGCCUUCCUGGUACAAGUCGGCCCUCUUCAAUGAGCUGUACUUCCUGACGGAUGGGGGCACCAUCUGGAUGGAGUUGCCCCCAGACUGCUGCACUGAGGACCUGCAGGGGCCAGCGGGGUCUGGCCUCUCCAACCUCCUCCCUGUCCUGCAGGAGUAUGGAAGGUUUGCUUAUUUGGAAGGCCAGGAGUACCGGAUGUAUAACACCUACGAUGUCCACUUCUAUGCCUCCUUUGCUCUCAUCAUGCUGUGGCCCAAGCUGCAGAUCAGCCUGCAGUAUGACAUUGCUGUCGCAGUGGUGAAUGAGGAUGUCCAGCCCCGGCAGUACUUAAUGGGUGGUCAGACAGCCCCGGUAAAGACAAAGAAUGUGGUGCCACAUGACAUUGGGGACCCAGCUGACGAGCCGUGGCAGCGUGUCAAUGCCUACCUGAUACACGACACGGCCAACUGGAAGGACCUCAACCUGAAGUUUGUACUGCAGGUGUACCGUGACUACUACCUGACACACGACUCCCUGUACUUACGGGACAUGUGGCCAGUCUGCCAGGCUGUGAUGGAGUCAGAGCUGAAAUUUGAUAUGGAUAAUGAUGGGCUCAUCGAAAAUGGUGGCUUUGCUGACCAGACAUAUGACGCAUGGGUGGUAAAUGGAGCCAGCGCGUACUGCGGUGGGCUGUGGCUGGCAGCCGUCUGCAUGAUGUGCAAGAUGGCAGAAGUGCUUGGGGAUGCAGAAAUCCAGCAGAAAUACAUGGAUAUCCUGAGGAAGGGCAAGGAGACAUUUGAGAGGCUGCUCUGGAAUGGUAAAUACUACAACUAUGACAGUAGUGGGAGCAACACCUCCAGCAGCAUUAUGUCAGACCAGUGUGCUGGGCAGUGGUUUCUUGGGGCCUGUGAUCUGGAUCACGGGGAGUUUGAGGUUUUCCCCAAGAGUCAUGUUGUCAGUGCACUCAAGACCAUCUUUGAGAAGAAUGUCAUGGGCUUUGCUGGUGGCACAAUGGGAGCGGUGAAUGGCAUGAGACCCAGUGGGGUGCCUGACACCUCCAGCGUGCAGUCCAAUGAGGUGUGGGUUGGCGUUGUCUAUGCCUUGGCUGCCACCAUGAUCCAGGAGGGGCUGGUGGAGGAAGGCUUUCGCACAGCUGAGGGCUGCUACAGAACAGUUUGGGAACAGCUGGGCAUGGCUUUCCAGACACCAGAGGCCUAUCGGGAGAAGAAAGUCUACCGCUCCCUGGCUUACAUGCGACCCCUCAGCAUCUGGAGCAUGCAGUUGGCCCUGGAGCGCAGAGCCACCCGGGCACCCGCACCUGCACAGCCCUCCCAGGUCCCCCUCCACCCAUGAGCCUGGUGCCACUGAGCAGGGAGCAGGUGCACCCGGGGGUUGUGGGGGGCCUCAGCUGGUGGGCAGGGACUCUUCCCUCCCCUUCUUUGAUAAUACUUAUAUUGCUGUUUUCCUUCCCUACCUCCACUACAUGUCCUGCACCUCAGGGGGCUUCUGGCCACCCAUGCUGAGCAUGACAGGGGAUAUUAGAGGUGUGGGGUCAUGUCUCUUUGAAGAGGAGAGGGGUGGGAUAAGGAGGCGCUGCUGAAGCUGUUGCCUCCCCUUCCCCAUCGCUCAGGGCUCUGACAGUUUGCAGGACCCUCAGAGACCCUCUCCACCAGAGCUGGUACCUUGCCCAGGAGCACAGGAGCCCUCUCUCCUGCAGUCAGUGGACUGGAUAAGGUGGGAGCUGACCUGCAGGGCAGAAAAACAAAAAAACGAGCAAAAAAGUGUGAGUGUGUGAGGACAUUGAACCGGCGCACCCAGACACGUGGAUGCUGUAGUUGUCUCUCCUUUCCCUGACGCUGCAAACAGACUGGCUCUGCCCCAAGGCACCAGCCCCAGGAGAGCCUAUGGCAGAUACAAUCCCCGGGGAGCCCUGUCUCCCCAGCCUGUGACAAUCUGAGCCCAAGCAGCAGGUCCUGGUCUGGUUCUGUGGCACCCCUCCCUGCUGGUGCUGGGGGUGGGCAGCGGAGCAUGUUUUAGGGGAUGAAUCAUUUUAAGUUUAUAAUAAAUUUGUCCAGCUGU